AUGAAGUACUUUAGCACGCGCGGCGGCGACAGCCGGCUCACGUUUGAGGAGGCUGUGCUCAAAGGCCUGGCCCCGAACGGCGGCCUGUACAUCCCCGAGACCAUUCCCCAGCUUCCUGCGGACUGGCAGACGGCGUGGAAGGACCUGAGCUUUGUGGAGCUGUCCUUCCGCCUCGUCUCGCUCUUUGUCCCGCCGACGGCCGAGGAGGGUGGUAUCCCGCCCGAGGACCUGCGCAAGCUCAUUGAGAAGUCCUAUGCGACGUUCCGCCACGAGAACGUGACACCGCUCAAGCGCGUCUCGGAGAACGAGUACUGCCUCGAGCUCUGGCACGGCCCGACGUUUGCGUUCAAGGACGUCGCGCUGCAGCUCCUCGGCAACUUUUUCGAGUACUUCCUCGUGCGCCGCAACAAGGCUGAGGGCAAGGAGCACGCGCACACGAUCACCGUCGUCGGCGCGACUUCGGGCGAUACCGGCAGCGCCGCCAUCGCCGGCCUGCGCUCCAAGGCCAACAUCCAAAUCUUCAUCUUACACCCCAAGGGGCGCGUGAGCCCGAUCCAGGAGGCGCAGAUGACCACGGUGAUGGACGAGAACGUGCACAACCUCGCGGUCGACGGCACGUUUGACGACUGCCAGGACAUUGUCAAGGCGCUUUUCUCCGACGCGCCGUUCAACGCGCAGCACCACCUCGGCGCGAUUAACAGCAUCAACUGGGCGCGCAUCCUCUCCCAGAUCGUGUACUACUUUGCGGCGUAUUUCCAGCUGCGCCGCCAGUCGCCCGAGGUCGACAUGGACAAGGUGCAGUUUGUCGUUCCCACCGGCAACUUUGGCGACAUCCUCGCGGGCUACUUCGCCAAGCGCCUCGGCCUGCCCAUGCGCUCGCUCGCCGUGGCGACCAACGAGAACGAUAUCCUGCAGCGCUUCUGGUCCACCGGCCGCUACGAGAAGGAGCAGGGCAGCGGCGAAGUGCACGCGACGCUCUCGCCGGCGAUGGACAUUAUGGUCUCGUCCAACUUUGAGCGCCUGCUCUGGUACCUCGCGCACGACACCGCCGACGCCAAGGACGAGAAGGAGGCCGUGCGCGACGCGGGCGUCCAGGUCGUCGAGUGGAUGGACUCGCUCCGCUCGAAAGGCACCAUGCAGGUCUCCGAGAAGCAGCUCGCCCUCGCGCGCAAGGACUUUGUCGCAGAACGCGUGUCGAACGACGAGACGCGCGCGGCAAUUUUGCGCUACUACCGCCCGAACGACGGCCGCGAGUCGUACCUCAUCGACCCGCACACCGCCGUCGCGUUCGAGGCCGCAAACCGCCUCACAAAGAACGAGGCCUUCCCGCAGAUCAUCCUCUCGACCGCGCAUCCGGCCAAGUUCUCCGAGGCGGUCGUCUCGUCGAUCGCCUCGGCAUCCGACGAGGCAUCGGCGACGCGCUUCUUCAACGAAGAGGUGCUUCCGAAGGAGAUGUACGGCCUCCUCGAGCGCGAGCGCCGCGUCACGCAGGUCGACCAGGCCGACACGGGCGCCACCAAGCUCGAGAAGCUCAUCACGCGCACCAAGGAGAUUAUCGAGAAGGAAGGAUUCCAGUAG